AUGGAGAUCCAGCGUGAUGGCGCCGACUCUGCUUUUUUUGCGCGGUUCGCGCCCUCCCGCGUCUUCCUCACUCCCGUCACGGGUCACACCCCGCCUCGCGCAUCAUUUGCGAGUCGACUCUGGGCUCGCGAGCGGUCGUCGCGCUCGUCGAGGCGAGCAGUUCACGCUGAAAGCCAGGACAGCGUAACACGCCGACAGGCGCCCGGCGGACCCGUGUCGUCCCGUCCGACCUCCCGGACGCGGUCCUCCCAUCCCGCCUCAGGCAACGGCGGAAGAUUGAAUGCGCGCGCUCUGCGCAUAUUCCCCAAUCUUCCGACUUUGCUUGGACGAGUCCCGGCCGCGCGUCGCCGAGGCCACGUCCAUUUGAUGGCGGACUUUGGUCUGGAAGAUGCGGCGGAAGUAUUCAUCCCAGCUACUUUCUCCCUCCCAUCCACCCCUCCUCACGACUAUCACGACCCUCUACUCUCUUCAUUUGCUUUCAAAAUCAAUCUACAUAUAUGUGAGUCCCUCUUCCUUCCGCGCACCAUCAAUCGACACCAAACGCACUCUCCACGUUUGGUAGCUCUUUCGCCUCGGUCUACCUCGCAGUUAGGUAGCGAGGACGCAUCCUCUGCUCCCUACAAGACCAAUAGGGCCGGGUGUGGACGGAGUCUGCGGACCGAUCUAGCACUCCCGGUGGUGCGAUAUCAGGUUUUUAUUUUUGCAAGGCCUCACGAAGUCAUUGGCGACGACGAUGCCGUCUCGUGUCGUGCUUCUCGGCGACAUCGUGCUGGCGACCUAACCAAUGUCCUGCGGCCCUUCUCCGCCACCACGUUGGAUGACGACGCGCAACAUUUCAAGAGCAGCGCAAGGUCGGCAACCCUUACCCCUACCCCAUUGUACCCUGCCCCUCUCGUCGCCCACCUGCGUCUCGACCGUGCGCCUCGUCCCCUUCUCCCCCAAGAAAGACUCAUUCCAGGCCCCAGACCGACGCCCGUCACCCCCCUCUCUACGACUGCGGCAUCGAGAAGACUUCAUGCCUCCUUUGCUGCAGGGCUGCGAGGGGAGGCGGUCUCCCCCAUAACGACCAUUUGUCGGCACCCUCUCGCGAUGGACAUACGUGUCCGACACGCAUGCGCCGCCGCCGCCGUUGUCCCGGCAGAGCUAUGCACGAUCAAGCCGAGCCAGUUCUACAAGCACAAGCUCGACGAGGGUAUGCUGCUGACUCGAAGCUCGCUUACUCGCACUUCCAACACCCUACCCUACCCCUCACCCCUCACCCUUCCUUUGCACCGAUACUCCUUCUUUCUCGCUCCCUCCCCCACCCCCUCAGUCUCCCUUCUCCCCUCACUUGCUUCGUCUCAGAGCGGAGGUGGGACCACCUUUUCUUCUCCUCGGCAUCCCUCCGAAGAUGGGCUCGCCCCGACUCGGCUGCAGAAAUCGAGAUAG